AUGGGUCUCGAUUUCUGUUCUGCACCAGCUACUUCCGUUGAUGCUGAACAAGCAUUUUCUCAUGGCCGACACCAAAUUAAUUUUAUGCAGCAUAACAUGUCUUCAAAUACAUUUGUUGCACAGAUGGCAGUAGGUUCUUGGGACAAUACUCCUCUAUUUUCUAAUCUUCAGGAUGCAUUUAAUAUUAUUGAAGGAAAAAUUUCAAGGAAUAAUAAUUUCUAA